AGAAACGUCUUUCGUGUACACGAAUUACUUCCGGCAAAUAGUAUUUAACGAAAUGGCGCCGAAAAUGAAUCCAUUUUAAUUGUGAUUACGAACAAUUGAGAUUAUUGACAAUUAUAGGUUUAUAUUCUUAAGAUUAUUAUAUUGUUUCAGACAAUAAUAUUUCAUUUCGUUGUUAAAAAAAAGCGAUUAAUUUCAAAUUAAAAUUUUAUAAGAGAAAAAAGAAAAAAGAUUCUAGGAAGUAAUCUUUUUUGAUAAACAAUGACAGCGAAGGUAUAUCAACCUGAUCAAGAAUUGGAAACGAAAGUGAAGAAAGCAACUGAACGAAUAUCUGAGAAUAUGCAUAUAGUGGCAAACGAACCGUCAUUGGCAUUCUAUCGACUUCAAGAACAUGUUAGAAAGGCAUUACCACCUAUGGUAGAAAAAAGAGUAGAAGUAUUGGCUCUUCAACAACAACUUCUAGGCAGAUGUUAUGAUGUUGAAUAUGGUGUUAGCGCGAUUAAAGGAAUGCACGGUGCUGCGAAAAGUUUUGAGAAUACUUUAGAGUUUAUAAAAAAUGCAAUAUUUUUCAAGCAACAAUUAAAGUACGAAGAACAACGAAGGCAUAAAAAAGAUGGAAAUAGAGAUUCGGUUUAUAAAAGACUAUCUGCACACAUUCCUACAUUGGAUCAUUUACCGGAUGAAAUAUCAGAUGUUGUUAGAGAAACUGCGAAUAGAGUAGAAUCUAUGAUGAAUCAUGCUAGGCAUUCUGGAGAAUUACAAAGAUCAAAUACUGUUCAUAAUUAAAAGAAGAAAGAUAUCUUUUCCUAUUGUUCAGAUAGUACGUUUUUUCUAAUUUAUAUUAUAAACUUUCAGAAAAUUUCAUAAUAUUAAAUAACAGAUAUAAGAUUGAUAUAAUAAUUUAUUUGUUAUAUAUAUUAUAUACCAUAUAUAUCAUCUGAAAUUGUUGCAUGUGAAUGUUUUGUGAGUGUUCACAUAUAUAUGUAAUAUGUUAAUAAUGUUGUUAUUAAUGAUUACAAAUUCUUUAAUGAAUAUUGUAAUAUCCUUUUGUUAAUAAAAAAUAUUACAACCUUA